AGAUCGGAUGCAGUGUAAUUGGGAGGGACUGCAGUCGCUACAGUGUAGUCGUUGCUCGAGAGUGGAUGCACUGUAAUCGGGAGGGGCGGCAGUUGCUACAGCAUAAUCGGUAUCGGGAAACGGAUACACUGCAGCCAAGAAGAGUUGUAGCCCCUAGAGUGUAAUCGGUAUCGGGAAACGGAUACACUGUACCGAGAGGACUCGAGGCCGCAGCAGUCCAGUCAGUGUCGGGAAACGGAUACACUGCACCGAGAGGACUCGAAGCCGCAGCAGUCCAGUCAGUGUCGGGGAGCGGAUACACUGCACCGAGAGGAGUCGAGGCCGCUACAGUGUAAUCGGUGUUGGGGAGUGGAUCUUCUGUAAUCGGGAGGGGUCGCAGCCGCUCAGUGUAACCGGUACUGCCUACUGCAGCGGAAUGAAUUGCCUGCUCCACUUGCUCGUUUUCCUGGUAGCUGCUGUUGAAAUGACCGUGGCAGGUCGCUUCAAGGUGAAGUGCAAGGAGGAGAAAGUCACAGCCAAGGCUGGAGAUGAUGAUGUCAUCCAGUGCCGAUUUUACUCUGGGAAUAAGGUUGGCAGUGUGGCUUUUGUUUGGAAGAAGGCAGAUACUAUGGGGAUUGUCUACAAUUACUCGAGGAGCCAAGGCAACCAGACAGAGCAAGAUCCCAGCUACCGCAACCGUGCGGAGGUCUUCGCCAACGAGAUCCCUGAAGGGAACUUGUCCCUGAGACUGAGGAACAUGUCUCUGUCGGACACAGGAAUCUAUAAACUCCACGUCUCCAGCCGAUCUCAAAGCACUGAUGCACAAGUCUUCCUCAGUAUCCGAGCUCUCGGCACACAGCCAGUCAUUCAUUCGUCUGGUGAUGACCUGGGCCUGUUGGUGCUGGUCUGCGAGUCCUCCGGGUGGUACCCAGCUCCCAGCGUCACCUGGGAAAAUGGACUAGGGGAGAAUCUGACCAGGCACUCGCACACAGAGCUUUUUAACUGCACAGGUGGCAGUGUCUGUGUGAAGAGCACGCUAGAACUGAUGAACUGGCCCACCGGCAACUACACGUGCACAAUGUGGGACCAGCAAUUGGAUGAGGGAUUAUCGUCGACUUUUUCCUUGAUUCACAGGCUACCGUUGGGAACGGUGAUUGGUGCAACUGGUGCCAGCGUCUGUGCAUUUGUCCUGAUUGUGGCUGUUUGUUGGAGUUGGUGGUAACAAGUGGGCAAAGCGACUGGGGUCCUGUGGUUCCCCCUGUGUGACUGUCUGUAUCACUGAAGAUUCUGCUGGUUAACGGAUACCUCUGGUGCGGAUGUAGGACGAACUUGAGGGGGGUGAAAAGGACUUGGCUCCACUCUGUACACAACAAGGACUCGUUCUUCCCUUUUGACACCAGAGCCAACUGAGUUCCAGCACUCAACCUUCCUGAGAGCAGCAAUUCCUGUAUUAAACUCUGCACAGGCAAUGAUGCUGUCGGCAAAGAGACAAAAACAUAAAAGACUGGUGCUAUGUUAA